GCUAACUACGUUUCUUAAUUGAAUAUAGUUGGGAUCCUAAACCCAAGCACGAAACGAAUCCCUACUGUGAGUGUGAAUCCCUCAAAUUUCACAAAAUCCUUCAACAAUGGUGGCGGAGACGCUCCCUCAUCAGAACAAAGAUAAUGACGACGCUAAGGAUAACACUGAUCCAAAGCAGGGUGAUUCUGAUUCCGAAGAUGAAGAAGAAAAUGAUGAUGAGCUAAAAAAGAAAGGAACCUCAAACAAGAAGAAAAAGCUUCAACAGAGGAUGAAAAUUGCUGAACUGAAACAUAUUUGCUCAAGGCCUUAUGUUGUUGAGGCGUGGGAUGCUACUGCAUCAGACCCAAAGUUGCUGGUGUUUUUGAAAUCUUAUAGGAAUACUGUACCUGUGCCUAGACAUUGGAGUCAGAAGAGAAAGUUUUUGCAGGGGGAACGAGGUGUCGAGAAACAACCCUUUCAGCUUCCUGAUUUCAUUGCUGCCACUGGAAUUGAGAAAAUCAGACAGGCUUAUAUUGAGAAAGAGGAUGGUAAAAGGCUGAAACAAAAACAAAGGGAACACUUGCAACCAAAAAUGGGGAAAAUGGACAUAGACUAUCAGAUUCUUCAUGAUGCAUUUUUCAAGUACCAGACAAAGCCAAAGCUGACUUCUCUUGGGGAGCUGUAUCAUGAAGGAAAAGAAUUUGAGGUAAAGUUGAGGGAGAUGAAACCUGACAUGUUAUCACAUGAAUUGAAAGAAGCUCCUGGUAUGCCUGAGGGUGCCCCUUCUAACUAUGAGGAGGAGCCAGUUUUUAAUACCAAACACUGGGGUGAUCUGGAGGAGAAGGACGAAGAAGAGGAACUUGAAGCUGGUACUUAUGUUUUUAAUCUCUCAAGGUAUGAAAAGCCAAGGCCAGAAGAGAAGUUGCGUAGUCAGCGCUUUAGUGACACGGUUGCAGAGAAUGAGAAGAAGAGAAAAAGAACCAUGCAAGAAAAGGAGGUUGGCAAGUGGAGGAAGAAGGACUUCUUUUAGGGGUGGCAGUCGCCAAUUACCUUUUCCUUUGUUUGCAAAUGGCCAUGGAGGGUGCAAUUCUCUGCUUCCCAUGAAUAGAAAUUUUAAUUUAAACGAGCUGUCUGGUCGCGGUUCUAUAUAAAUAAAUAUUUUAUUUUUGAAUUUAUCCUAUAUUUCAUGUACUCUAGUAAAAUGUUUCGUUAAGAAUUUCCUCCUGUAAAAAAAAAGUGUUUCGUUAAGCUUUUUGAAAGCUAAUGACCACCUAAAAAUUUUAGUUUA